CAUCUCUCUAGAUCCUCCCUCUCCCCUGACUCGUAAAGUAUGCUCAGUGCGAUAGCCUCCAAGGAGCCCUCAGACAAAACUCAACCAGCCGUGAGGUGUUGCACUUUCUCCUGACAUCCACCACCACAAAGGCACUUGAAACCAGAGCUGCAAGCUUGUUCAGAAGGCUUUUUAUCACUAUUAUCAGUUUCCUCUUCAACUCUGUGGAUAUUUUAGGGGUGUACAAGACCACUGACUCAAGGAGACGCUCUGACUGAGGCAAGGAACAGGAAUUUAAAAAGAAAGUGAAUAAAACUUUUUUUGGGACAAGAUGGCACUUCGACAGAACUCUGACAAGGAGCCAAGCAUCGAGUUGUUCAUUAAGGCUGGACAUGAUGGUGAGAACGUGGGGAACUGCCCUUUCUGCCAAAGGCUCUUCAUGGUUUUGUGGCUUAAAGGAGUGAAGUUUACAGUGACCACUGUUGACAUGAGGAAGAAACCAGCAGAGCUGAAGGACUUGGCCCCGGGGACCAACCCUCCUUUCCUCCUCUACAACGGCACCCUCAAAACAGACUUCAUUAAAAUUGAGGAGUUUCUUGAACAAACACUGGCCCCUCCCAGAUACCCUCAUCUCAGCCCACUGAACAAAGAGUCCUUUGACGUGGGUGCUGACAUUUUUGCAAAGUUCUCUGCUUUCAUCAAGAACAGUCCAAAUAACGCCUUCCAUGAGAAAAACCUGCUGCGGGAGUUUAAACGCCUGGACAAUUACCUGAACUCCCCCCUCCCAGAAGAAAUCGACCACAACUCAACAGAAACCAUCACCGUCUCCAAGAGAAAGUUCCUGGACGGCGACCGCCUCACUUUAGCUGACUGCAACCUGCUGCCCAAACUGCAUGUCAUCAGGGUUGCUGCCAAGAAGUACUGCGACUUUGAAAUUCCCGCCGAGUUCACAGGUGUGUGGCGAUACCUUCAAAACGCCUACGAGAGAGAGGAGUUCAAACAGACGUGUCCGGCCAACAUCGAGAUCGAGAAGGCGUACUUCAGCGUGGCCAACAAGAGGAAAUAAACAUUUCACACUCUGUAAUCCAUGUCCUGUUUUUCCCAAGUGUAACCAUGCCUGGUGAUCUGUAGAGGGCGCUACAACCUACAAGAAUAAACUUUAAAUCAGACACUAUUCCACCUUAGAGAGCUUGAGCAGUUGUUGCAGUGAGACUUGGGGACAUGCUCAAGCAAAAUGUUUUAUUGGUUGUAUGAACUGACUAUUUAUCCAUAGUCACUCACAGAUAAAUGGUAUCUUGAUGCCACAUUAAAAAGGCCAAAUGUGCAAUUGACUGUUGAUGUAAUUUAGCAGAAUUUUUGUUUAUAGUGUAAAUAUAAAUAUUUUUCAUGCUUUUUAUGAUCAAAACACCCUCAUUGAAUUCUAUAUGAUUGUGUUAGUGUGAGCAGCACCUUCAGAAACAGUUCAUUUUUAUGUUAAACAUGAAAUUAACUUCUGUAUCUUAACCUGUACAAACACAGUUUGAUAUGUUUGAAUUGUGUCACUGUCACAAUAAAGAAGAAAUACCUAGUUCA